AGACCCCUGGUCUUGACCUGGUAACCGUUGAGGACCCCUGGUCUUGACCUGGUAACCGUUGAAGACCCCUGGUCUAAUAUUCUAAUGUAAGCAGCUCUCUUAUGCUGGGAAAUCACUAACAUCCAACGAUUUAGUUUCGUGGCAUAAAAACUGGCCAAAUGAUUUAAUCCACACAUGAAAUAGCUUUAAAUAUGCAACCUGGACAAAAGUAUUGGGUCAGAUGGCCAUUCCACAGCUGUGUGUGCAAUUUAUUUGAAUAAUAAUGAUGUCUGAUAUGCUUUGGCAGACGUGCUGGCACACAUGUAACAGAGACACCCUCAACAUUUUAGGAACUUUACAGCCAAAUGAUCAGAGAUAGACGGACAAUUAGUUGCUACAUACCGCCCAUGCAAAGACGUUUAGCUUGAUGGCGCAUCCCGCUCAAAUUUUACACACUCGUGCUCGCCAGUCCCCGAAAGGUGUGCACAAUAUUUCGUGUUGAUCCAGCUUACUACAAAAUGAAAGUUGGUCUUUUAAGGAGCGGUUUGAGAAGUCAUUCUGACUUUAAACUUUAAUAACAGCGCCACCAUGUGGCGUAUUUGUCACAAAAAUAAUGGCAACACAGUCCGGUUGCACGUUUUGACACAUCUUCACGCAUAAAGUCCAACAGGUCACAUGGUCUAGUCCCAAGACUUUUGUCCACAUAGUGUAUCUCCUGUCAGAUCCGCCCUCCCACCUAUUCUUGCCCUUCAGUCCACAUGCAUGCACUCAUCACUUCUCUGUCCUUGUCUCUCUUGCCUGCCUCCUCCUGUAGUCCGCCUAUGCACCCACACCCCCCUCCACCACUCCCCAAGACCACCCACUUAGAGGCCCCGCCUCUGGUUUUCCCCCCAGUGGACCCCACCGCCGGUCCCAGACUGGUCAAAUGCCAGAAGUGGCCCCUCCUCGGGCGCCAAGACCCCCGCGAGCCGCCCGAUCCCGUAGAUUACGAGAGCAUUAUCCCCGACUUGGAGAACGACGACAUGUUUGCGAGGCGGACCCUCGCCUUCCAGUCCAACGCGGAGCUGGCAAAGGUCAAGACCCCGUUGUCUGCAAGGCGGCGCCUGUGGACGUCCGAGGAACAGCUCAAUAUCGUCACCCAGCGUCACGACGCCAACAUGGAGGACGAGGACUUCCCGGACAUCGAGCAGGACGACGUGGUCCAGCAUAAGGAGAAAAUCCGUCAAGCUCACCAAAGCCGACCCCUCUCCGGCGCCCCGGACAACUUCUCCCCGAUGCCGGUCCCCGAGCCGUGGGACCUCCCCGCGGAUCUGAAGACCCGACUCCUGUGCCCGCCGUGCCCUCUCACUCGGCAGGGCUCCGCGAAUAAACCCGUCAAAAAGGAGGCGUGUCCCGAAUCGGACGACAUGCUGGUGCGAAAGUUUACCGCGUGUUCGCAGAAGAGCUCGGCCAAUCAGUCGAGCCCCUCGGUGCCGACUUCCUGUAGCGACGGCGACCUGCAGAGGUGGCGCGAUAUCAGGGAAGCUAGUCAGCUGAGAUACAAGAAGAGGCGCAUGGUAGAAAUGCUAGCCGCUCUCAAGCUGUAGCUUUUAGCUCCU